AUUGAACACUGUCAAUCUAAGCCCAAGGUCCACGACCAUCCCCCGGACUGGAGUUCACCAACGAGGACCAAGCGAUAUCAGAAAUAUAAUAGCCAGCCCAAGAAAGGUGCCGGAACCAGCGAUGCGGACGGGUGUUGCAAUAAGCAAGAUGCAAGGCUUCCACAUUGCACACGAAGCAGAAAAGCAGUAUGAGUGUACUUAUUGCGGCAACCGCUUCAAGAACAAGAACGAGGCAGAACGGCAUCAGAACUCGUUACACGUGAGACGGCACUCGUGGUCGUGCUCAGCGCUGAGCAGCUACGACAGGGCAUUCCACGAGUCUACGUCGAGGCCAGGAGAGGCUGACACUUGUGGUUACUGUGGCGAAGAGUUCAUACGGACAGGCCCAAAUCCUGCGGGCCUUGGUCGGAUUGUGACGGACCCGGACUGGGAUGACCGCAUUCGGCAUCUUCAGGAACACCACAAGUUCAGGGAGUGCAACAGUUCCAAGAAAUUCUUCAGGGCAGACCAUUUCCGUCAACAUCUCAAGCACAGCCACGCCGGCACCAGUGGGAAAUGGACCAACAUGUUGGAGAAUGCGUGUAUGAUGGAGGAGGAGCUGCCACAACCGCUCCUGGGUAGGUGAGCCGAGGCUAUAGGAAAGGGAUCCUUACAUAAUUGUCAUCAUCGUCAUCAUGGGAAGGAGAAAGAAGAGAGAAAGAGAGAAAAAAGAAAGCAAAAAAAGGCUUCAUUCUCAAGCUGAAAGAUGUCACUUCGCGGCACAGACAAGGAAACUGGUCUGCUCUGGGGUUGUAGUUUGACACCACAGUGUCACAUAUGCAACAUUCAACAGUUGAUAAUCACCGGAGGAAGAUGUACCUGUCCGAAUACAUCCGAAGGAGUGGAAGUGGGGAUAUAGGGCUCAGGUCAGCGAGCCUGCUCUGGUGCAGAUGAGCCGCGCCGGGGCUGUCGAUGGCCUGGCGAAUACAAUGAUCCGCAAGACCUAGGCUCAGGGCCUGUCAGUCAAAGAAAGUGAAAGCUCGCGGGCGACGUCGGGAGAGAGGAUCAAGGGCUCAUUCCCCGCCCCCCCACACACACAAACAGAAAAAGAGAGAGAUAAACUCGGCCAAAUACGUUUAUGCCCAUGCC